AUGUUAGAGAAGCUUGCAUUUAAUUUAUUAAGGUUAGCCGAAAUUAAUCCAGGCAAGGCAAUUCGCAUACCACAACAAAACGCUAGACCAACAGCAAUCGAGAUGCUAAUUAAAGUCAAUUAA